CUGUGAAGCGCGCCGUUGCCCGCGUUUGCAUUUCGCGAAGGAAGGUGGUGCAAAGUUUUGGCAAGGGCGUACCAGCAGAAGGGCCAAUAGAGCUCUGCCUGUGAAGUUCGCUGCGAAAUGUCGGCCGUGACCAACUCUGUGUGCUCACUGGCUGGCAAGUUUCGAGGCUGCCUCGUCGGCUCUCUCCUCGGCGACUGUCUGGGAGCGCCUUUCGAAGGCGACUUCCCCAUAUCCAAGUCUGUGCUCACCUCCUAUGUCUCAAAGCUCCUCGAUGAAUCAGCGAAAGGUCUGCUUCCUUUUCGUCCCUACACCGAUGACACUGCUAUGACAAGGUGCCUGGCGACCUCUCUCAUCGAAAAAAAGGGAUUCCAUGCCAGUGACCUUGCCCAAAGGUUCACUUCGGAGUACUUUGAGCAGCCCAAGCGAGGCUAUGGCCCUAAUGUGGUUGAUGUGUUCCACGCACUCAAAAAAGGCAACUUUGAAGAUCCUUUUGGACCUGCCAAAAGCCAGUUUGAAGGCACAGGCUCAUAUGGAAAUGGUGGUGCAAUGAGGGUGGCCCCUGUUGCAUUGUUUUGUCACAAGAAUAUGGCAGAAAUGAUUUCUGUUGCUGAAAAACAGGCACGCAUCACACACACUCACAAGAAUGGCUAUAAUGGAGCCAUCCUUCAAUGCUUGGCUGUGCACCGUGCUGUUGCAUCGGAUGCCCAGGUACCCCUCAACAAAGCAGCCUUUCUGGACUUUCUUGUGGAACAGAUGGACACCAUAGAGUCAAAAGGGACCAAACUGGUAACAGAUCCAUCAGUGGACAAGCCAUUCACAACAUCACUGCAAAACAUGAGACGUGUACUGUGUGAUGAACCCCAGGAUCUGUCUGCAGAGGAAGUUGCUGCCCUUUUUGGCAAUGACGUCUCGGCCCACAAGUCGGUUCCAACAGCCAUCUACGCCUUCCUCAGGUCACACGAGCCACUGCCAUUCUUCCAGACCGAGAACCCAUUCGUCCGAGCCAUCGUGCUGUCCAUAUCUGUUGGAGGCGACACUGACACCAUAGCCUCCAUGGCAGGAAGUAUCUCUGGUGCUUUUCACAGUCUUUCAGGCAUUCCAACUUCUCUCCAAAGGCAUUGUGAGGGCUUGGACAUUACCCUAAAGCUAGCAGAUGACAUGUAUGAGUUUGUGGGGUCACAUUAAGCUGCUGGCAAACACUGCUAAGUGAUCCCCUGUUUUGACCAGGCAUAAGCU